GACUUCAACUGAUGAAUGCGAUUCAGUUUGGGUUUAUCCAAGAAAAUCAGCUUGUUUCCUUGUCCCACGCAUUCUGACUUUACAAGUCAUCGUCAUCACCAUAUUCAUCAUUUUGUCUUGAUGUAAAACCUUGUCGUCUUAUCGAGUUUCAACUGUUGUCCGGACUUGAGCUUCGGUAUUAUAUAGCGACAUUUUUUUGUUUGCGAUUUGAUAUCUUGGCGACACCAUAAAGUUAGACGCUGCGUUCGACAGUCGACGGAGUUUUGCGUUCAUUCUGUCAAACACUUUCAAACAGAGGACAACAUUUUACACGAGUAUGACUAUGAGUCUGGAUCCUUCUACAGGAGUUCCAUUUAUUGAGCUGGAACUUCACAAGGAUGGUUCAAAGCUAGGCUUCAGUGUUGUGGGAGGUAUUGAUCAGGAUAGUUCCAAGAACCCUUUCAUCAAAAAUGAUCAGGGUAUCUUUGUUUCAAGAGUUGCUAUAGGAGAGCCAGCUGAGAAGGCAGGUUUGCAAGUCGGUGAUAAGUUAUUGGAGGUAAAUGGAUAUGAUCUUACCAUGGCAACGCAUCGGCAUGCAGUCAAGAUCCUCACGAAGGAGAAGUACUCCAUUCUUAAGAUGAAAACGACGCGCCAAGGACUCAUGAGGAGCUAACCACCUCUAUUACACCCUCUGCAUCCCACCCAUCCACACUGUUGACUAUGUCCAUCCAAUCAGCAUGCGCCACGGGGGAAUCCCCUCCACGGGAAGGGGAUUCACCUUUUGUAGAAUGGUAAAUGACUACCGCAUUUGAUACACUAAAAAUGAAUAUAUCUAUGCUAGUUGUUAGUGUUUGAAAGAAGAUGCAUGAGUUUGGGUGUAGUUGGACGAACUAGUUUUAUGAAAUAUUUGUUAACAUUAUCAUACUUUUGUAGUUUAUCUUUUCUUGUUCUGUAGACAUGAUGCUUGACUGGGCGAUAUGCACAUAUAUAUGCAAUAAAAGAUUGUACUUCUGAAGGGAAAGAAAUUCUGUGGCAUUUUACACUGAUCAUAAGUAUUCGAUCAUCCAAUGCUUAUUAAUUGUACAUUAUUUUGAAGCUGUAAAUUUUGAAGCUUUUUUAACUCACAAAAAAGUAAACUCUGGCAACGUUUUGGUGCCUAGUCAUACAUCUUUUUAGUGUAAUUAUCAUGGAUACAUUGGAGUAUGUGUGUGUUUCUCAAAGAAAUAAUUGCACUGAUUUUGUUAUUCAACGUUGGGUAUCAUAAACUUUAUAACAUUGAUCAGGCAUAUUUGUUUCAAUCCGAUCAUAUUUCUUUCUAGAAAAAGUAAAGUUAGUUUUAGGAUACACAAAAUGCAUCUCCUCAAAAAUAAGUGACAUACAUGUUUUAAUCAAUAUUUGAACAAAGUCAAAUUAUAUCCUUGGUUAUUCAAUUUCUCUCACAAAGAGGAAUAAGAUAUAUGUAGUACAUAUAUGUCAUGAUUGGGUUGACAAAAAUUUUAUUGGUUUUCGCGUAUUUAUUCAUAAAACUUAAAUUGAUUUUCAUAGCUAAUGUUAUAUAUUUGCAAAGUAUAUAUUAGGCUGUUAUUUAAUUUCGAUGUUAAAAUGUUAUGUCUUCCAAUUAUCAUUUCAUGCUGUGUAAUCAAUUUUAGAAUAGAUGAAAAUAGUCAUGAUGCUUUGCAGAUCUACAUGUAUGUUAAUUUGUUCUACCAUAUAUUUGUACAAUGUACAUUGUGGAUUGUCUAUUUUUAAAGAGAUUUCUCUGCAUAUUUUUUUAAAAUCACAAUUUUAAUAUUCUUAGCUAGUAUUCAAAGCUAAAUUGUUUUCUGAUCAGGCGAAUUGUCUUUUUAAAUAAGUGAUUGUGUUAUGCUGAGGAUAUUCAUCAAAAUAUGAUAUUGUCUAGAAUUUUGCUUGGAAUCACAUGCAGUAAAAACACAAAAAUAUGUAUGUGGGACUAAGCAGUCUGAAAUUGUCUGUCCACAGCAUUGUGUAUGGUUCAUUUGACAUUUAUUUAUUUUUAGAAUUCAAACACUCUCCCAUACCUUGAUUUAAAAGGUAUUUAAUCAGAUUAAAUAAAAUAUUCAGACACGAGCUCCAUACCGUAUGCAUGAAAAUAAUAUAUUUAUUGGAAAUUGAGAAUACAAUAGGCCUGCCACAUGAUCAAUUGUGUAUUUUUAUCAGCAUUUUACAUAAAGUAUCUAUAAUUGUAAAUAUUUACAAAUUAAUUUUGCAAGACCACUUUUUAUUCCAAUGAAUUUACUAAUCAAUUAGAAAGCAUCUUGCCAAAGAAAUUUUGUUGUUUUAAACGUUUUAUUCAUUCCCAGAGUUAGGAAUUAAAAAGGUUAUGAAAAAGUUCAGUACUAACUGCAACAUCGAUAGGAAACCAGUACUAGAAAUUAAAAAAAUUGUAAUUUAAAUGUUUAAGAAUUACUACUUAAAGAUGAAGAUGAGAAACAAGUAAGGUUUAAAAAAUACUUGAAUUGUGAUGAAUAAAUCAUGUUUUUUAAAUGUUUUACUAAAAUUUCAAUAGAAAAAGAGGGAAAAUAUUUAUUUUCAAUUUAAGUUUAAAACACUAUAGGGAUCAUGUUUUGUAUCUAUUUGUAUAUUUGUGUACGGAUAAUAAGAUGCGAUACUACAUUGAUAUGUACAAGUACUUGUGCAUAUGUAUUCAUUAUGUUCAUAUAAGAAUAGCUUGUGAUUACUAUAGUUUAUUUUAGUUGGCAGAUUGACAACCUUCAUUGAAUUAAAAUAUGUAUAUGGUUUAUGGGAUAUACAUGAAUUAUCCAAUUAUUACACAAAUAAUUGUACCACAUUAUUGUGCUGAUUUGUUUAGGGCAAGCAAUAUUAUGUUAAAAUCAAGGUUUUUGUUGAUGAUUCAGUGACGUGUCGUUGACAAUUGCAUCGUUUUUUUUAGCUCAAUUUCUUCCUGGAAUCGAUAGUUGUUUUAUAGUAAUGUGCCACAUGAACAAGGUGUAUCACAGGUAGUCUUCAAGCACAGACUCAUAUUUGAUACUUUAACCAAUAACAGGUCUAGAGUCAAGACUAGACGCCUAAGGCUCUGUCUUUGUCAGCCACAGUAAAUAGUGAAUCUAGUCUCACCACUUCAGACUCUGCAUGAUGCACUAUGUGAAUUGCGAAAAACAAGGGUCUGUGCCUGCAGACUAUAUCACAGGUCCUCUACAUAUAAAAUUAAUGGAAGUGAUACGGAAGAUAUAUUACUGCCAGUUACUGAAUAUACCAUUCUGUCUGGAAUUAACCACAUGUAUUCACUUUACAUAUUUCUAAUAAAAUUUUCUUAUUUAGAAGAGAGCUUAUAUUUAUUACUCUAUGCGUAUGUUCCUUCGUAUUUUUGCUCAGUAGUUGUUUAAUUUGCCAAAGUUUUGUAUUCUGAAAUCUCUAUGUGGUCUUUUACUUUGUAUUCAAUAGAGUUGUGACUUGCAUACGUAAUAGCAAGCAGUAAGAAGUUCACUGAUAUUUUUGCAAGUUAUUUUUCAUUAUUUAUUGCCUUUGUAUUCCAACAUUAAUUACCAAUGUUAUUUAUUUUUUUGUUUGUUUUCAUUACUGGCAUAUAUUUUAAAGGGAGAGAGGGGGGGGGGGUGAUCCAAAGUUUCAUCAUCCAUCGAAUAGUGUGACACGACUUAACAAUACAUGUCUUUGAUUUUCACUCUUACCAAUUUUACCAUUUUCUCUUUUGCUUGUUUUUUUUAUUCUUUCUUGCUUUGAUUUUUCAAAUAGUAGCUUUGACUUCAAUUUAAUUGCCACUUAUUGAAUAAAUUUCACAGCUUGUACUUUUAAAAGUGUAGCAAUUAUCUAAUACGCGAUUGUCAUACAUUCAAUGUUUUAAUGUGAUAAGCUUUGGCUUGAAAUGGCUUUUAUACUGAAUGAUUGAAUCAUGGUCAUAACUAAUCAAAUAAAAUAUUGAUUAUAAAGAAAACAA